CUAAGAAUAGCUACAAGAUUCUAAUAUUGUGUUCUCACACACUCAAUGAAUAGCAAGCAGGCCAUUUUGGUGUCCCAAAAUAUGGCGUGUGCACUAAAUGAUUUUAUACAUGAAUAACUGAGUAUCAAAACUCACUGAACGAAGGAGAUAUUAAUAAUCAAUUGAUAUAUCAUUUUGAAAUAAACAAUGAUAAGAAAUUGGGUAGCAAUCUAACUUGAAAAAUAGGUUCAGUUAUAAAUCAUAAUGUGGCAAGUUCCUUUUAUUCUACUGGCAGCUGUACGCGUUCAGAUAGCGCACGCGGAAACUCUCACCGAAGUGAUAACGCCAGAAGAUCACGAAUGUAUGAACGCUCUAAAGAUUGAUAUAAACAAAUUGGCGACAUUCUUCGAUAAACAGUACAAGGUCAAGCUGGACGACCCGGUCCUGAACGAAUAUGCAAUCUGUUGGCAUACACGUAUGGGAAUGAUGGACGAAAACAGGAAUUUUAAUUGGGAAAAGGUAGUGCAGCUGCCAAUGAUAAUGAUGCCUUUAUUUCGAGCCGGUGCAACGCUUAGCCAGCAAGAGGCAUCUAACUUUGUAACAGUUUGUAAGCAGACAAUAGACCUGAAAGCUGAAAAUGUAUCGGCCCAAUUAAAUAAUUGCAUUGUAGAUCAGAUUCUGAAACAUAUUAUGUAACACUGCUACAUUGCGGAGUUAAAUCACAUCACAGUUCUGAUCUCCAGAAACUGGAGACCUUCAAAUUAACAUCAAUAAAUUUGGUCACUUUGACCAGAUCCAUUUUUGUAACUAUUUAAUAUAUGUAGGUAAUAAUUAAUAUUUUAGAAUUUCUUGUAGUAUUCGGUAUGGUUCGCUUGUUUUAUUUUGUGUUAUAGACAAACUUUCAACUCCUGUUGCUUCAUUGGCAUAUAGUAAUAGCAAGGAGGUACAUUGCCUUGCUUCACUCCUGUUGUCUAAAAAUAUGUUGUGAGAAACGUUUGCUCUGAAAGCUCCUAUAAAAAGUUCUAUUUUUAAAAUUUUUCUCAAUAACCAU